GAAGUUGUAAAAAUAAUUCAUCAGAUAUAAAAAACCAGUCGAGCAAAGUGGAUGUUUACAUUCAGAUAAAGUUACUUAAAGAUACAAGAAAAAGGAAUUAUAAAUAAUAAUUUCCAUUAAAGUAUAAAACACGUACAUUAAUUAAUAAACAAGUAUUUGUCAAUAUAAGAAAUCGCUUGUCAGGAUUAUUUAGAAACAAUAGUGUAUGUUUUUUGUGUAUAAAGCUUGGUAAAUUAGCAAAAAACCCAGGGAACGCCCACUGAAAAAUCAAAAAACGAAGGCGUAAAAAUACCUAGUUUAUCGAAAACUUUUCAAUAUUAAACUUUAAAUGCAGUAAGUAAAGAUAAUUGAAAUGGCUACCUUAAGUGACACGCCCACACCAACAAUGUUAACGUCAACGUCAGAGGCUGGUGGCGUUUCAAUAAAAAUAGAACAGGGUGUGUUACGUACAAAUAGUGAUGAUGAUGAAUAUGAAGAAGGGAGUGGAUAUAAUGAUGAGAGGCGGGGUAUUCCGUCUGCACAAAAUGAGUCAAACCACCCAAACGAUGUGGACAUGAAUGGUUAUGACAACUUUAAUAUGUACAGUAUUUCCCAUAGUAUUUUCCAUUCGGAGGUUCAUAUCAAAUCAGAACCACCGGUAGAUAUUGAUGAUAGGCAUCCCGACGAGGAGGGUGAGGUAAAUAGCAAUUCUCAUAUGACAUCUCCAAAUAAUAUUGAUAAAACGCCAAAAAUAAGACUCAGGCCUACCAGUAAGCUAAUAGCUUCACCCAAUGGGGUGACCAUCGAUAACAAACGACGUUACGCCUGUCCCUAUGAGAAUUGCACAAAAAGCUAUGGCAAAAGUUCCCAUUUAAGGUCUCAUCUAACAUGGCAUACGGGCAUUAAGCCAUUCGUGUGCAAGGAGCCCGGUUGCGGUAAAGGAUUUACACGCUCCGACGAACUUAAUCGUCACAUUAGAACGCACACGGGUGAAAAGCCAUUCGAGUGUGCACAAUGUACUAAGAAAUUUUCGCGCAGUGACCAUUUAACCAAGCAUUUGGCAACGCAUUCUAAACAAUUAGCAGCCAAUAACAGUUCGAAAAGAAUGAAAUUGGAUAAAACUACACAAAAAUCCCCUACUAACACAACCGGGCCUAAAGAUAAAACACCAGAACCAAUUGCAAAGCCUGUUACAAUAACAACAAAACCUGUAGAAGUCCCCCAAUUAGGUGUAUUGAAAAUAAAACUAGAGAAACCCGAAAAUAAUGAGGAAUAUAAAAUAGCCUUGCCGCCACAGGAAAUAAAUAAAAGCCCCGUACCAACACAACCUCCCGCGCAGCCUUUAGUGUUGAAUACAGAAAAGAAAGCCGAAAUAGUCGUAAAACAUGAACCAUUAGAUGAAACACAGAGUAGUGCAAUAACAACAAGUUCUACACAUGCCAAUGAUGAACCCGAUGAUGAUGCCAUUAUGCCAGAAGCCAAUUUACCACCAUUAUUACAAAAUACCUCCACAAUACCAGUAGCAGCAGCAGUAUCACCAGCAGUAAAAGCUACAACAUCUCUUGUUAAACCCACAGUAAACAAUCGCUUGUCGGAUAGUGUUUAUGAUCCGACAAGACCAUUUCCUUGCUGUCAUUGUACAAAAAAUUUCAAACGCCAAGAUGAUCUCAAUCGCCAUAUGCGUACACAUACCGGCGAGAAACCAUUUGCUUGUAACGAAUGUGACAAACGUUUUAUGCGUAGUGAUCAUUUGAAAAAACACAUGAACACACAUUUUCGAGUAAGAUGAUUGGCUAGGAAGCAUCACUAAUCGAGAGAUACAAAUUGUAAGAUUUCACACUAAAAUAUGAGAUUUAAAGAUUCCGAAAUUUUUCUUAAGACUAAAUUCAUGGAAACUUUACUGAAAUACAUUCAAUUCGAAAUUCAAUAUGUUACUUAAAGCACAUUACACUAGUGUCAGCUUCCGUAUAGCCAGAGGAUACUGCUUCUGAAUAAUUUACCAGAAAAUUAUUUUAAGGAAUGAUACAUUCAAAUAUUUCAUGCCGAAACGAACAUUUGGGUGAAUUCAUUCUUUCUAAACUCUGUUUCAAAUAAGCAAUUUUAACUUAAAAACAGCAAUAUGCCAAUAAAGAUUUUGAUUUGAAUUCAGUAUACAAACCAGCCUUUAAAGCAGUGUCUACAAAACUUGAAUCUUAUAAUUUUGUUGCAAAUAAAGUUGAAAGCUCAGGUUUACCUAUAAAAGUAAUACAUUUUAAAAGUCUUAAGAUUUCAAAAUUUGUUCUAAACAAUUGUUUAAAUUUGCGGUAACUGGAAUAAAGAACAUAAAUUGGGUUUUAAACUUAAAACUAAAAGUGUAAAGUUUUAAAAAAUAGUAGACCGAUUUGUUGCCUCAGCAAUGGGUUUUAAAAGUUUUUGAAAAAAAUUAAUUAUUUUAAUGAAAUUAAAUAAUUUAUUGGAAUGUAAUGUAUAUUUUUAAGCUUAAUUUUUAAUGUAUAUAUAAUAUUAAUAUUCAUAAUUAUCUGUUGUAAAUAUAUAAAUACUAAAACGAAAAAUUAUAAUUGGAAGUAUUUUAUAUGUCUGUCGAUUAAAGCUGUAAGCUUCAACAUACACGGAAAGUAUUUAACUUUUUAAGAUUAAAAACCAGGGGUUUAAUUAUACUAAACACCUACUUUAAAAAAGAAAUAAAUGUAUUUUCUGUUAACCCAAACAAAAAGCACAAAUAUGUACAU